AGGUUGUUAUUUUGUAAUAAAUUUUAAUUAAAUUUCUAACAUAAGAUUGCAAUUUUUGAAAAAACUCAUGGGUCUGCGCAGUUCAAAGCAUAAAACCAAUAGCUAUGAUAUAGCUCCGGUGGUAUCAAAUAAAGACUUUAGUUACAAAAAACAUCCAAGACCAUUGCCUAAAGUAGAACUGCCAAGUGUGAGUGUUAUCAAAGAGGAAAAUGAGGAAUCGACGGAAACCAAUAAAGAGGAGGUGCAAACUACGAUAGAAGUAGAAAGCAAAGAUUUGAAGAAAGACCCUCGUAUACCAGAAUGGAUUAACGAAGCUAACUUUAAAAAACUUUUGCUUAAAACUUAUGCCAAUAUCGUUGAUAUUACUAACUUUAAGGCUUAUCCCGCCAUGGCAGCUGGUGAAAAUUAUGCUACUCUCAUGUUGAGAGUUAAAAUGACAGCCAGAUUUGAAGAUAACACAAAUAAAGAUUUCUCUUUCAUGUUGAAAGUGGCUCAUGAUACUAAAGAAAUGAAAGACAUGAUGCAGGCCAUGAAUUUCUUUAUAACAGAAAAUACUGUCUAUAACGAUGUCUUACCGGAAUUAGAAGAAAUGUAUCAUCAAGCUGGUGUUGACAACAUUAGAUUUGGUCCUAAAUGUUAUAGGUUGGAUCUGGAGGAUGCUAACAUACAUUAUGUUCUAAUGGAUGAUCUAGGUUUGAAUGGUUUUAAGAAUGCCAAUCGUUUGGAAUGUCUUAAUAUGGAACAUACAUUAAGUGUGUUGCGUAAAAUGGCCCAAUUUCAUGCUGCUUCAGCUUGCCGUGUAGCCAAGAAGGGAGCAUAUUCACCAGUUUUUUCUCCCGAUAUGGAUAAUGAAAUGGCUCGUGUUAUAAUGCAGCAAAUGUUUACGGCUUUUAAGAAACCAUUUUUGGAUAAUUUAAAAACUUACGAAAAUGGUGAAAAGUAUUAUGAUUUAAUGGAAUCUUUUUUCGACAAUCUUAUCGAGUUGUUCAUUCGUAGUCGCAAACUCCUACCUGGUUACUUCUGUGCCCUUAAUCAUGGCGAUUCAUGGUCUAAUAAUAUACUAUUCAAAUAUGCUGAUGAUGGCAAAUUAGAAGAGACUUUGUUUGUAGAUUUUCAAAACAGCAACUGGGGUUCACCAGCUGUAGAUUUAUAUUAUUUCAUUAUAUCCUCUGUACAAAUUGAUAUAAAACUUUCCCAAUUUGAUUAUUUUAUACGUUACUAUCAUGAACACUUAAGCAGCCAUUUGAAAAUUUUAAAUUAUCCCUUGGAAAUACCUAACCUAAGAGAAUUUCAUAUGCAAUUGUUAGAUUUUGGUUCUAUGGCAACCAUGACCUCUUUCUUUACGCUGGGAGUUGUUUUGCUGGAACCCACAGAUAAUGCCAAAUUUGAAAAUUUCCUUGGUGAUUCAGAAGAAUCUUAUAACUUUAAGAAUGCCAUGUAUUCGAAUGAACGUUAUCGUAAAUAUAUCAAUGAAAUCUUACCAUGGCUAUAUAACCGUGGUUUUAUGGAAAUAGAUCUGACUGAAAUAGAUAAUAGAAUUGCGGCGGCUGAUAAGUUAAAAGAACCAGUGACAACGGAGCCGCUAUCAAUAGCUGAACAAGCAGAAAAAUCAUCGAACUGUUGUUAUCCAGAAUGGGUUAAUGAAUCGUUAUUUAUGGAUGUGGUACGCGCUGAUUGUGAAAAUUAUCAAAAAAUACUUAAGUUUACGGUUAGUCCAGCAACUAGUGCUGGUGAUAACUAUGCAUCGAUAAUUUUAAAAGUGGACAUCGACAUUGAACUUACAGAUCACACCACUCGUAACCUAUCCUACAUGCUGAAAAUUCCUCCAAAUAGUGAACAGGCCAAAGCCGUCGUUAACUUACUGAAGACAUUUGAAAAGGAAUCAACAGCAUAUUAUGAAAUUAUACCAAAAUUCGAAAAACUUUACAAAGAAAGAGCCGGCAUCGAUAUAGUAUUUGCGCCAAAAAGUUAUAAACUUAAACAAGAUACAGGAUGUGCAGCAAUAGUAUUGGAAAAUCUUUGCACUAAAGCAUUCAAAAACUGUGAUCGUCUAGAGGGUUUAGAUAUGGAACAUACUAAAGCAAUUUUAAAGAAGCUUGCUGAAUUUCAUGCCGCUUCAGCGUGUAUAUUUGAAACCGAAGGAAAUUUCCCCGAAGUAUUUGAACGUUCUAUAUACACCGAAGAAAAUAGAGAAAUGAGAGAGAAAAUGGGUGAAUCAUUUGUGAAAAUAUAUUUGGAAUGUCUCAAGGAAUAUAAGGGCAAUGAGGAAUAUUUUAAAGGAGUGGAAGCCUUUUUAAAAGACUCUACUACCCACUUAGCCAAAGCUAGUGCAAUUGAUCAGAAUAAAUUCAAUGUUUUAAAUCAUGGUGAUUGUUGGACCAAUAAUGUUAUGUUCCAGCAUGAUGAUGAAGGCCAUAUAAUCAAUACCUAUUUUGUAGACUUUCAAUUGGUUAUAUAUGGCACACCCUGUCAUGAUUUAUAUUACUUUUUAUUAUCCUCCCCUAAGUUGGAAAUCAAAUUGGAACAAUUUGACUUUUUUAUACGUUAUUAUCAUGAUCAACUUCAGACUAAUUUGGAAAUGUUAAAAUAUCCAAAAAGUAUUCCCAGUCUAAAAGAUCUACACAUUGAAUUACUAGAAUAUGGAGCUUGGGCUGUACAAACUAUAAUAAAUGUUAUGCCUGCGGUUUUGUUAGAUUCUAGUGAUAAACCAAGUUUGGAGAAAAUUGUUAGUAAUGGUGAAGAUGGACUUGCUUUGAAAAAGCAAAUGUUUAUGAAUGAACGUUACCGUUCUCAUGUGGAAGCUAUAUAUCCUUGGUUAAGUCAAAGAGGUCUUUUAAAUUUUUAGUAAAAUACUGAUGAUAUGUAAA